CCAACUCCAUUUUGAAUUGCAUUCUCUUGGAAACCAGAGACUACUCUUGGAGGUUAAAAUAAAGCAUUGAAUCUUAUAUUAUACUCUAUAUAUAUAUAAGUCAUUAGCUUAUUUCAUUUUCUGAUACAACUCAAAGAAAUUAGAGUUUUUUCAUGGCAAGCAACAACUAUCAUGAACAGCUUCCAGUGCUCAUAAAUUAUAUAAGUGCAAAUGAAGUGAAAGGGUUUGAUAGCAUGAAAGAAGAUGGUGACUAUAAAUCAACACAAGUAGCUGAAACAGCAGCCAAAUUUGAAAAUGAGGUAGCCAAAUUUGAAAAUGAGGUUCAAGUUCCUGAAAGUGUAGCAGCACAGGAAGAACAGCAGCCAAAUUUGAUGUCUCAACAGCCAAUCCCAGGAUGUUCCCCAUCAAAUGGUAAUCCCAACAACAUUAAACUGAAAGAUAAAAGGUUUGACACUUUCAAAACAUGGUCUGGACGGCUGGAGAGGAAAUUGACACAUCUAAGCGGAAAUCAAUCCGAAAUACGUCCAGACGACUUGGAGGCUCAACAUAGUCCUGAGCAGGCAGAAACCAUAGAUGUGGACCGAUACUUUGAUGCAUUGGAAGGUGCAGAGCUGGACACCUUAAAGGAUUCUGAAAAAAGUGUUCUUCCAGAAGAUGAGCAGUGGCCAUUCCUUCUUCGUUUCCCCAUCUCGUCAUUCGGGAUCUGUCUUGGAGUUGGUAGCCAAGCAGUCAUGUGGAAAGCCAUUUCCACAGCAGCUUCCACACAAUUCCUUCACAUAAGCCAAAAUGUGAAUCUUGUCUUGUGGUGUAUAUCUGUAGUUCUGGUGGCGCUUGUCGCUUCAAUAUACGUCCUGAAAGUUAUUUUGUACUUUGAAGCGGUUCGACGCGAAUACUAUCAUCCGAUCCGUGUAAACUUCUUCUUUGCACCAUGGAUCGCCCUGCUAUUCUUAGCUCUUGGAGUCCCACCAUGUGUGACUGAGACCUUGCAUGAAUAUUUAUGGUACAUCCUUAUGACUCCCAUAUUUUGCUUGGAACUAAAAAUCUAUGGACAGUGGAUGUCUGGAGGACAACGGAGGUUGUCAAAGGUAGCCAAUCCGUCAAACCAUCUCGCGGUUGUAGGGAAUUUUGUUGGGGCGUUGCUUGGUGCAACAAUGGGAUUAAAAGAAGGCCCGCUUUUCUUCUUCGCGGUGGGAUUGGCACAUUACACUAUAUUGUUUGUCACACUCUACCAGAGACUGCCAACAAACGCCACGCUACCAAAGGAGCUUCACCCGGUUUUCUUCUUAUUUGUUGCUGCACCUAGUAUAGCCUCCAUGGCAUGGGCUAAGAUUCAAGGCUCCUUUGGCUUUGGAUCCAAGAUUGCUUACUUCAUUGCCUUAUUCCUUUACAUGUCACUGGCAGUUCGCAUUAACUUUUUCCGAGGGUUCAAAUUCUCAAUCGCGUGGUGGGCAUACACAUUCCCCAUGACAGGAGCUGCAGUUGCCACAAUUAGAUAUUCUUCUGCAGUGACGAGCACGGUAUCAAAGUGUAUUACAGUUGCACUAUGUGGGAUAUCAACACUCACAGUGACCACAUUGUUUGUGACAACCAUCAUUCACGCCUUUGUACUUCGAGACUUGUUUCCGAAUGACAACGCCAUUGCUAUAAGUGAUCAAAGAAGGUCUAAAAGCCAUAAUAGCAUCAAAUGGUAUCUUAGGAGAGGUGGCAGCUCAUCAUAUCAUCAAGAAAUCAUUGAUCAUUACCUUAAAUUUGCAGAUUCUGCACUUGUCAAAGAUAUUGAUGUUGGUGGUGUUACUAAUCCAAAUAGUGUUGUAGGUGUGGCUCCAUGAAUAUGAAUUACUCCGAAAGUUAGUUCUUUAUGAUAGGAAUGAAUCAAUUUAUAUGUUUGUUAUAUUCUUUUGUAAUUAAUAUCUCCAUAAUCUAUGUAUAUACAUUCUUAGUUAAUCAUGUAUUUAUCUAGUGGAGGAUCCACAUCGACUAUGAUAUUGAGUGUAGCAUUUAAUUUUGUAAUACAAGUUAGAUACAAAUAAAAAGAAUGCUUUUGAU